AUGCGCCUCACCAACUUGCUUCCGUUCACGGAAGCCAUCAUGCAAGCACAUAUGUCGGAAAAGCCACCCCCAACGUUAGAACGCUAUGAUGGCUCCGCCGAUCCCGACAAUCAUCUCCGAAACUUUAUAGAUGCCAUGGCAUUCUACACGGACAAGGACCCCGUCAUUUGCAGAGCUUUCUCAUUAUCCCUUAAGGAUGAGGCACUCGAGUGGUUCCACACUCUUCCUCAAAAUUCAGUAGAUUGUUUCGCUACUGUUGAGACGUUGUUCCAAAAACAAUACGCUACCAACAGAAAACCGGAGAUGACUCCUGCUGAGCUCGUAAAUACUAAGCAGGAGAAUGAUGAAACCCUCAAGGCUUUCAUGCAAAGAUACAAUGAGACGGCCCGACGUGUGAAGGACGUAAACCAUACCUUCAUUAUCAACAAUCUGCCUUCGUGCUUAAGGCCGGGCCAUUUCGCGGAACAAUUGUAUGCUGACCCGCCAACGUCCAUGGAGGAACUCCAAUCCACAAUUGCAAAAUUCAUCCGAAUUGAAGAUCUCCGAAAUUCCAGAAAGAAACAACAACAGGAUAGCCCAAACCAAGAGGCUAAGAAAACCACAAAACGGUCGACCAGUGACUAUAAAACAGAUCGACCACCCCAAAAAGAAUCACGGUGGACAUCCAAGUACGAUCGCUACACAUCACUCAACGCACCUAGGACAAAGGUGCUUGAAGAGGCUUUGCACGCUGAACUCCUGACUGUCCGACGAAAAGCCACUCCGAAGAAUGCGGACAAUAGUAAGGCAUGUCGCCUUCAUAUGAACCACGGUCACGAUAAAGAAGAGUGUAACAUGGUGAAAGAUGAGUUGGAAAGACUCAUCCGAGCAG